AUAGUUUUGUGCGUUAGGUUCUAUAGUAUUUUUAAAAGCCUAGUUAGUAAGUACAGUUCAUUCGUAUCAUAUACAUUCGUGGGAUAUUUAACAUAAAUAUUUAACUGUUUUAAUAUUUAUUUCAAAAUGAAUCUUGAACAACUCUUGAAAAAGCUUGAAGCCAACUGUUUGUUACGUCAAAUAGAGGUAACUCCUCCUCCGGCACUAUCCAAUUUUUAUUGGAAAAAUAAUCAUGGAGAUAAAUAUAAGGUUUUCAUUGACACACCAGAUCGCUUUAUUUAUUAUAAUUUAGAAGAAUACGAUCGCUUCAUGACCAUUAAAGAAAUUGAUGGAUACGGAUGGAAAUUUGUGAAAAAGUGUGUACUAUUAGCUGUAUCAGAUAUAUACACUGAAGAUCAACCAUUUAUUAAACAAAUAGAGUUUUUAAUUGCCAAUUCAGCUGAAUGGAAAAACAAUGCAACUGUUAACUCGGAAGAAGCUAAUGAAUCUGGAACGCAUGAUAAAAAUAUGAAUAUACGUCAUUUUCGUCUAACUAAGUACUUUGUGAAUGACAUAAUAAAAUGUCCAAAGGAGAAAAGAGGAUUAUUUGCAAAAUUUAGCGAUAUAUUAACAAUAUGGCCAGAAAAUGUUAACGCAAAAAUAAUGGAUGAAAAUAUGAACAUUGCAUUUGAAUUAGCGGCAAAACGUUUUGCCAAUGAUGUCAAUCAUAGAGGUUUUUCUUAUUAUAGUCACUAGCAGUACACGUGUAUCCAAUAAUCGUCAACAAGAAAAAUUUUACACUGAAAUAAAUAUACAAUAUAUAGUUUCUUACUUAACGACCGUAAUCAGUAAUCACUUUAAUUAUUAUAUAUAUAUAGCCUUUGCACUAAAUAUUAAUUCUGAACGGCUUUUAUUAACCACGUAAACCUACCUACACAGCAUACACACACACACACACACCAUAAGCCCUAAAAUUAACAUUAUAAUAUUAUUUUUAGAUUUUUAUUUGUGUGCUUUGCCUUUAGUGAGUAAUAAUUUUGUCCGUACAAAAAAAACCAAUAUUAAUAUUCACUUCUUAAAAAAACUAUUUUAUUUUUAUAAUUAACUAUAGUGAAUAAUAUAUAUAUAUUUUUUAAUAGUUCUUACUUUGAAAAUACGUAAAAAAUACUUCUAAAAAUUGGCUGUUGUUUCUUUAUGCAUUUACAAUAACAAAAACACUAAAAUAAUAUGCUUUGGCUUAAAGCAAGCAAUAACAAUUCUGUACCUACUAAUACUUGUAUUUUUUUUUCUUAUUAAAUAGUAUGAUCUACCUGAUAGCGAGCUCAAUCUAUGUGAUUUAUUAAUUGCUUAAUCUUUUGCAAUUGUGUGCAAUUGUUUUUGUGUGUGUGAAUUUAUUAUUGUAUCCAACUAUAAUCCAUAAUUAAUCAUAAUAUUUUAUUGUUAG